AUGAGGCUGUCAAUCAUUUUGCUGGCGGGGUUCCCUGGCAUGGCGUGGUCGGUAGCCUUUCCAGGCGAACUGGUGGAACGAGCUUCGAAGUUCAACUGCUACGACAUAUACUGCAAAGCCCCCUUCGACAAGACGAACCAAGUGUGCAAAGACGCCAAGUGCUUCGCUGGCUGCGAUAAGAAGACGUACAAGUGCAAGGCAUAG